UUUUUUUAAUGUUUUUUUUUUCUUCUUUCUCGUUCUCACUGAGCCGCGACAUUUGUAAAAAUACGCGCGCAAACUUUCCUCGGCUCGCAGGGAGCGGAGAUGAAUUACGAAUUCGAGCGAGAGAGCGGUUUUAUCAAUAGUCAGCCGUCGCUUGCUGAGUGCCUGACAUCUUUCCCCCCUGUCGCUGAUUCAUUUCAAAGUUCAUCAAUCAAGAGCUCGACGCUUUCACGCCCGACACUGAUUCCUCCUCCCUUCGAGCAGACCAUCCCCAGCCUGAACCCGGGCAGCCAUCCGCGCCACGGCCGGCCCAGACACAGCCAGGAUGCGGGGUGCAGCCCGCUGCCCACCGCCUCCCUGCCCCCGGAGUACCCGUGGAUGCGCGAGAAGAAAGCCUCCAAGAGGAACCACCUGCCGACAUCCACCGCUACCACCGCCAUCUCAAACGGAGCUGUGUGCUUCUCUCCAAAAGGCUCGCCUGAGAUCGUGGAGAGCAGCGGCGGUGGCGGAGGAGGAGGAGGAGGGGGCUCCCGCCGGCUGAGAACCGCGUACACCAACACGCAGCUCCUGGAGCUGGAGAAGGAGUUCCACUUCAACAAGUAUCUGUGCCGGCCCAGGCGGGUGGAGAUCGCGGCCCUGCUGGACCUGACCGAGCGCCAGGUCAAAGUGUGGUUCCAGAACCGGCGCAUGAAGCACAAGCGGCAGACCCAGAGCAAGGAGAACCACAACGGGGACGGGAAGGGCCCCGGCGCAGAGGAGGGCAUCCACAGCGAGGAGGAGGAGGAGGACGAGGGGCCCCUGCUGUACGAGCAGAGCGGGCCCCUGCUGGAGAGGGAUACCUGCUCCUUUCAGAACACGCAGCAGAUCCACAAUGAGGCGGCGAGCUUUGGUGCCGCCGCGCCUCUCAGCAGCAAUGACAAAAAUCUGAAACAUUUCCCCAACCCGUCACCCACUGUUCCGGGCUGCAUGUCAACAAUGGGCCCGGGCUCGGCAUCUGGGCCGGACAAUGGGGACAGUCCGUCAGCUCUGGAUGUUUCUUUACACGACUUUCAGCCAUUCUCCUCGGAUUCCUGCCUGCAGCUCUCAGACACAGCCUCGCCGAGCUUGUCCGAGUCUCUGGACAGUCCCGUGGACAUUUCUGCGGACACUUUCUACUUUUUCUCGGAGUCUCUAACCACGAUCGACCUGCAGCAUCUGAACUAUUAACGCAAAUCACUCGCCAUAUAUUUCCUCCCCUUCUCUUUCCUUUGUGUGAAUCAGGCUACACUGAUAUUAGCUCUGCUGUUUGUAAAAUUCGGCACAUUGUUCUGUUGAUUUUUGACUUGACGAUUAUAAAGAAGGUAAGGCUGAAAUUAAAUCACUGACACAGCUAAAGCAGCCCAUAAUAAUCACCAUAACUUGAUGGAUUGGACACCAUGAGUGUGAGAACAACCCAGCAGUAUUAGCCC